GUGAACUUUUUUUAGAGCAUAUACCUGUUUUUGGUCUUGACAACACUCAUGAACAAGCACAUAUCUUAGGUAUAUAUCUGACUUGCAAUUUUAAACCACAGAAGUUAAAAAAGGAUGAGUGUUCCAUUCAGUAUAGAGGAAAUGAGAAUCCCAGAGUUUCUGGCAAGGAUUUCUGCGGACUUGGAUCGUUGUGUAGCCUUCUGGCUUAAGCAUUCUCAUGAUGAAGAAUUCGGUGGAUUCUUUGCUUGUCUGGGGAAGGAUGGGAAGAUUUAUGAUGACCUGAAAUAUGGCUGGCUGCAAGGGAGACAGGUCUGGACGUAUGCUAAAUUGUAUAAUGAAGUGGAGAGGUUCCGUAGGCCAGAACUUCUCAAGGCUGCUGUGAAAGGUGCAGAUUUCAUGAUCAAGCACGUAAAGGAACAGACCACAGGCAGAUGUUAUUUUGUGACCACUCGAGAUGGAAAACCAAUCAAACAGCAGAGGACUAUCUUCACUGAAUGUUUCUAUGUGAUGGGAAUGUCAGAGGUUGCCAAGGCAACCAAGCAAGAAAAAUACAAGCAAGAAGCACUGUCUGUGAUGACGAAGAUCAUUCACUGGGUGAGAGUUGAUGAUUCAGAAAUUGGAAAUGCCAAGUUGGCUGGUGUCAAACCAACCAAUAGUUUGGCAGUACCCAUGAUACUGUUAGGCUUAAUUCAUGAACUCACCAGUGGAGAUGAGUCUCUUAACAAGACGUAUGAGGAACUAGAGGAGUGGUGUGUGCAGCAGGUGCUGUCACAUGUACAGAGGGAAGGCUCAGUAAUACUAGAGAACGUGUCACCAGAAGGAAAAGAAAUGCCAGGCAGCAUGGGAAGGUUGAUGAACCCUGGCCAUGCCAUUGAAUGUGGGUGGUUUCUGCUUCAAUAUGCCAUUAAAAAGGAGGACAGAAAAUUGCAGGAGACAGCCAUCGAGAAGUUCAUCAUAAACCCCUUUAACACAGGCUGGGACGUGGAACACGAGGGUUUGUUCUACUUCCUGGACGUAGAUGGACUCUCUCCCACCCAGCUUGAGUGGAACAUGAAGCUGUGGUGGCCUCAUAACGAGGCUAUGAUUGCGUUUCUUAUGGCGUAUGACCAAACCCAGGACCAGGCUUAUCUUGAGAGAUUUGCUCAAGUUUAUGACUACAGCAUGAAACACUUUUCAGAUGUGGAGAACGGAGAGUGGUAUGGAUACCUGAACCAAGAGGGCCAAGUUAACAUGGACUUCAAGGGAGGCCCCUUUAAAGGAUGUUUUCACGUGCCAAGAUGUCUGAUGAUGUGCGAGCAGAUGUUAACAAAGAUCCGCGCCACCCUGACGUAAGAUUACAUCCUGGAAAUUUCAGACAAAAUAGCUGCACAACUUCCAAGUGAUUGAGGCAUGUCACUGACACUGUUAUUCAUGAAUAAUUUCCAAUGUCUUCUUUGUAAGAUGAAAAGAACCAAAGAUAAGUUUAUCAGGAAGUUACUUUCAAAUUGGUUUCAAGCAUAUUGCAUAUAUUAAUUUUAGGACUUCAUUCAAUGCAAAAUCCUGUGAUAAUGUUUGAAAAUAGAUUACUGCAGUUGUUUAAGACCUAAUUUAUUAACUCAAAUUGAAAAUUUGAUUAUUUAAAAUACACCUGGUGAUCGACUUCGUGACUAUUUUUCAAGUGCUUCUGAAUGGAAGUCAUUCUGACAUUUUCAUAAAAUGUAUUAUCAAAGAACUUCUAUCAUUAUACAUUUGAUGCAAUUCAAGUUUUUUUGGACAGUACAUCAUAAAAAUAAUUUACAACAAAUAAAACUUAAACUUUCUACUUGUUUAUUAAUGUUCAAGUAAUACAAAAAUAAUCCUUAAUAAUAUUGGCAAUCUUUCAUGUGACUGUUUGAUAUGAAAUUUCUUUCAAAAGAAGUUUAAGUAACAAGGUAGUUUAACUUUUGAUGACAUAAAAAUGUUCCUUGUUAGUGAGUUAGAAUUUUAACACCACUAAAUUUUUUAAAAAAUGAUUAUUUCUAAACAAAACAUUCCAUCCUGCUUCAUUUGAAAAGUGUAAAAUCUUUUCACAAAAAGUAUAAACUAGUGAUAGAAAUGAAAAUACUCUAACUUCAGUUUUCUUAAAGUAAACAAUAGUCUGCUGCUGAACCAAAAACUGCAUGGAAUUAAUAAUGAUAUCAAUAAUUAUAAUAAUGAUUACAUUUAUAUAGAUGUUCAAUCUCAUAUAGCAUCUAUGUUAAACGUACAUAGACACUUAGGGCGCAUUCCCAUAGAUUUUAGUUUGAUCUAUCCCCGUGGGGAGUCUCACUAGAUUACUGUCAGAUAAUCC